AUGGUUCUGACCGCGCUGAGCCAGUUUAGUUGCAAGGUGAAUGUUGAUGACACCAUUGAAAUGUUACCAAAAUCAAGAAGAGCUCUUACCAUCCAGGAGAUUGCUGCAUUAGCACGAUCCUCCCUGCAUGGUAUUUCCCAGGUAGUGAAAGACCAUGUGACGAAGCCGACGGCGAUGGCACAGGGCAGAGUGGCCCACCUGAUAGAAUGGAAAGGCUGGUGUAGGCCUACAGACACUCCAGCAGCCCCGGAAACAGACCUCAACUCUUACUCUGACCUCACCGAGGGAGAGCAGGAGGCUCGCUUUGCUGCCGGUGUAGCGGAGCAGUUUGCCAUCGCCGAGGCUAAGUUGAGGGCCUGGUCCUCUUUGGACGGUGACGAGUCCAACGAUGACUCAUAUGAUGAAGACUUUCUGCCUGCCAAUGAGCCAACCACACAAAGCACAGAUGUUCCAUCAUGUCCUCCCUACCUGAAGGACCUGAUCCACAGCCAGCUCUGCCAACACCUGGGCCUGCGAGGACCCUGCUGUGAGGGUGGAGGCGGAGGUGGAGAGGGAGGUAGAGAGGGAGGUGGCAGCGGAGAGCCCUCCCCCCCGGCGGGCUCCCCGGACACCCUGUGCUCCAGCCUCUGCAGCCUGGACGAGCACCACCCGCUGCUGCGCGACCUGGGCGGCCACAGCUGCACUCACUCCCACAGCAACGUCACGGAGCUCGUGGCAAAGAUCCUGUCGGCGCUGCAGGGGGGGGAGGAGCUGUUGGCCCGACUUCAGAGGGUGGGGCAGAGCGGGCUUUCUGGGGGGGACUGUGUCUUCCAAAGCCUGGGUGGGGGAGGGCGAGGCAUCAGGCCAUGCGGAGGUCAGGACUCUCCUUGCAUGUCCAUGUCUUACUCUGAGACGUACCUGUCCCCCGGCGAGGAGGACGACACCCCCUGCAAGGACUACGAGGGCACCCUGUGCCAGGUGGAGGCGGAGGGAGACAGGGUGGAGUACCCGCCGGACUAUGACCUUCGCAGGAGGGUCUCUGACGUGGCCUCCUCUGGUGUGGUGUCGCUGGACGAGGAGGAUAUAGAGGAGGAGGAGGAGAGGGCAGGAGAGCCAAACAACCAAUGA